AUUUGUCGGCUUUCUGGACACACAGAGACAGACAGGAUGGAUUUCCUCCGGCUCCAUCUCCCUGGGCUGCAUCAGGCCUUGAGGGGGGCAUUGGUGAGAGGGGCAAGGAGAUGCCAGAGACUUUCGCCCUGCUCCCUGGGCCCCCCCCCCCUUCCCUCCACCCUUUGAGACUCUCCUCAAGACUUGAGAUUCCUUUCCCAGGAUCAGGAUUCCCUCAGCACCUUUGUCUCCUACCUUAUGGGCGAUGAGGUCCCCACUGUAGAGAGGAGGGAGGCAAGGGCAGCUGAGGAACUGGGGGAGGUGGCUGCAGGAAGGCCAGAGGAGACUGAAGAGAAGGGAGCCCAGGAGGCCCUUGAGGGCCUUGGAGGCAGCCAAAGCAAGGAGGGUGGAGGGCUGGGAGAGCCUAGAGAGGCUGGAAGGUACCAGGAGGGAGGUUCAGCUACAAAACAGACCUGGGAUUGGGAAGAAGGCAGCUCCCAUGAGUCUCAAGCAAACAGGCAGCUCACUGGGGCCUGGGAAGCAGCCAGGGCUGCCAGGUGCCAGGAGCCAAGUGCCCACUUAGAGGCCAAAAAGACGUUUGAGUCAGGGUCUAAGGCUGGUCGAGGCAACGGCAGCCAAACCCAGGAGAGUCGAGGGCCCAAUGAGCAGGAAAUGAACAGAGAGGAGACACAGAGAACCUGGGAACAGGAGGAGGAGGCGGAAGAGAUCAGGGAAGGGAAACCAGGGGUGGCCGGAAAGGCGGAGUCAGAGUGGACCUGGCAGAGGGAGCCCGAGGGGAAGGUAGCAGGGGACAGCAGGGAGUCAUUAGAGCAGGUGUUCAAGGAGGCAGUUGCAGAGGAGAUCCAGGCGCCUAGGGCCAAAGAGGCUGGGAAGGAAGGAGAGGUGAUGGUGGUCCUAAGGGGUAGCCAAAGCACAAGGGUAGAGAAAACACGGGAGUCAGGGACAGAAUCUGAGGCUGGGACAACCUCAGGCAGGGAGGAGGAGGCCAGGACAGCCUCAGGCAUGGAGGAGGCAGAGACAACCUCAGGUGGAGAGGAGGAGGCCAGGACAACCUCAGGCAGGGAGGAGGAGGCCGGGACAACCUCAGGCAGGGAGGAGGAGGCCGGGACAACCUCAGGGGGAGAGGAGGAGGCCGGGACAACCUCAGACAGGGAGGAGGAGGAGGCAGAGACAACCUCAGGCAGGGAGGAGGAGGCUGGGACAACCUCAGGUAGGGAGGAGGAGGCCGGGACAACCUCAGGGGGAGAGGAGGAGGAGGCAGAGACAACCUCAGGCAGGGAGGAGGAGGCUGGGACAACCUCAGGCAGGGAGGAGGAGGAGGCCGGGACAACCUCAGACAGGGAGGAGGAGGAGGCAGAGACAACCUCAGGCAGGGAGGAGGAGGCUGGGACAACCUCAGGGGGAGAGGAGGAGGCUGGUACAGCCUCAGGCAGGGAGGAAGAGGCUGGGACAACCUCAGGGGGAGAGGAGGAGGCCAGGACAACCUCAGACAGGGAGGAGGAGGAGGCAGAGACAACCUCAGGCAGGGAGGAGGAGGGUGGGACAACCUCAGGGGGAGAGGAGGAGGCUGGGACAGCCUCAGGCAGGGAGGAAGAGGCUGGGACAACCUCAGCGGGAGAGGAGGAGGCCGGGACAACCUCAGACAGGGAGGAGGAGGAGGCAGAGACAACCUCAGGCAGGGAGGAGGAGGCUGGGACAACCUCAGGCAGGGAGGAGGAGGCCGGGACAACCUCAGGGGGAAAGGAGGAGGCUGGGACAGCCUCAGGCAGGGAGAAAGAGGCUGGGACAACCUCAGGGGGAGAGGAGGAAGCCGGGACAACCUCAGGCAGGGAGGAGGAGGCCGGGACAACCUCAGGCAGGGAGGAGGAGGCUGGGAUAACUUUAGGCAGGGCAGAGGCCGGGACAACCUCAGUUGGGAAGGAAGGUAACCUCUCAGGAGCCAGGGAGCCAGAAUAUGGGGGAGUAGUCUCCGGAGAAAGGAUCUCAGAGGGCACUGGGAGGACCUGGGCAAUAGAGGAGGCCACCAGGGAAGACCAGGAGGAGGAGGUGGAUGAGAAGAGAAAGGCUGAGAUGAGCGUUUCCCCCAAACAGAGCCAGGCUCUAGGAACUGAGGGUGUGGAGGAAGCAGUGAAGGACCAGCUGGUAGGGAGGGAGUCUGCAGGAGGCCAAGGGUCAGAGGGGGAGGGAGAGGGGUUUGAGGUCCAGGCAGAUUGGGACGGGGAAGAGGCCGAGGGGAGGCAAGCCUCGGUGAACAGGACUGUUGCCCUUGGUCUGGAGGAGGUGGUGCAGGCAGAGAAGGCCAAAGAGGAGGGAGAGAGUUGCUGGAUCGCCGAGGCUGAGUUGCCCAAGAACAAAGUGGCACACGAGGCUGAAGGCGAUGCUGGCUUGGAGGCAACCCCGGAGGCCAGCCUUGAGAAGGAGUGCGGGGGGGAGAAGAGCGAGGGGGAGGCUCGGACAGGUGGAGAAGGGCUGGCGUUGGAGGGCAGUGGCCUUGAGCAUGAGGUCACCGAAGGCCAGGACUCUGAGCUGAUGGCCGCCCCCCAGACCCCAACAGAGCAGCCUGAGGAAGGACUGGGGGAAGAGGAAGAGCCCCGGGGCAUUCCAGCCCUGAACAAAGAGGAGACAGAAAGGAGCCCGGAGGAAUACCCCAGAAACCUGGGGUAUGGAAAGCCUGGUGCCUCUGGGGCUGAAGCCCAGAGGAGGGACUUGGAGGGAGGGGAUUCCCACAAAGAAAAAGCAGAUGCUGAAGAGGGGGAGGAGGAGGCUGUAGGAAGCCAGGCAUCAGAGGAGGCCGAGGAGGCCGAGGGAGGCCAAGAGUCUGCGCUCCCAGAUGUCCUGGAGGCAGGUGGGGAGUGGAAGAAAGCCGAGGAAGCAGGGUGUGGAGCAGAGGAGGGAGAGGCCCGCGGAGCACAGAGCCAGGAGCCAGGUGGAAGGUUCAGCGCAGGGGCAGGGGCAGGUCGGGCACUGGGGGAGUCAGAUGCCCGAGACACCGAGGAUGAGGAGGCAGAGGCCACGGUGCCCUGCAGGGCAGACACGACAUCCAGCGGAGUCUGGGGGCUGGAGGAGGCGGCUCUGAGCCUCCAGGACAGCGAGGACACAGGGGUCAGUUCUUUGGCCGCUGAGAUAGUGGGGGACAAGGCCGAUGGGAGGGCUGCUGUGCCUGGGGGAGGGCCCAAAAGAGAGGCUGGGGAAGCUUGGGAAUCAGAAGGGAGGCAGGAGGCUGGGGGAGGAGAGGAGCUGGUGGAGGCUGCGUGGGAAAAAACCCGAGGGGGGCCAGAGUUUGGCCUGGAGGGCUCAGCAGACAUGGAGGUAAAUAGCAGAGGGGGCCCAGAAAAGGCUUUUGAGGCCGGAGACGGUGAGCCCAGGGGAGAGUGCACAGAGGUCAAGGAAUCUGCAGUGGCAGAGGGAAGCUGUGGGAUGGACAGCUUUACCUGGGGUUCCCAGGUGGCAAGGGCAGAGGGCGCCACGGCCACCACGGUAGAGGCCGAGGGGCUCCCAGGAGGGCAGACGCCGCCGUGGGAACAGGAGGCUGCGGGAUGGCAGUUAAAGGAGCAGGGGCAAGGCGGUGAGGGGCAGCGUGGGGACCUCCACCCUGAGGAAGAGGCACAGAGGCCCCUUGACGUGGAGGGUGUUGAGGUGACUGAAGACCAGAGGGCAGAGGCCGAGGAGAUUGUUCCAGAAGGCCCGGAGGACAUCCAGGGCCAGGAGGACCAGUCAACAUACCAGGAGCCUGGGCCACGUGGGGAGACGGCAGCAAGUACCGGAGGGGAUGCUCACGGCAGCUGGAGUGAGGCCCUGCUUCCUGGGUCUCGCCUGGACGUCUCUGUCUCGCGGAGCCGUGUACUCCUGUCUCGAAGCUCCUCCCAGCGUCGCUCCCGGCCCUCUUUCCGACGGACCCCCGCCCCUGAGCGGCAGGAGGAGCCUCCCAGCCCCCGCCCUGAAGAAGAGCCGUCAGCCCCCGAGCAGAGAUUUCUCCGGCCAGAGGAACCCCCGGAGGCAAGCCCCCCAAGGCCCGAAGGGACCCCACUGCCAGCCAGGAGAAGGCCCCUGGGACACGGGUUUGGCCUUGCCCACCCUGGCAUGAUGCAGGAACUGCAGGCCCGACUGGGCCGGUCCAAACCCCAGUGAGCGCCCCGAGCCCCUGGGAGCCGGGCCCUGAAUGAGCGUCAGAAGGAUCCACCAAAUCCUGCUCGGCCUAUCUCCCUCCGCCACUUUGGACACACCCUUUUCCACCCUCUGGGCCUUGGUUUCUUGGUGUGUCAAGCUCGGAGCAGACAGAGGCAGACAUCCUCGAGAAGCGUGAACUGGAGGAGUCUGACUGCAAUGUGGCUGAUGGACACGCCCCCCCCCCCCCCCCCCCCCCCCCGGCCCGCUGGGAGCGCGCCCCUCACGGCCCGGCCUGAUCACGCCUCCGGCGCAUCUCUGCUGUCUGCAGGACCGAGGGGACGGGACAGUUCUCACGGCCUUCCCUCCCUGACCUCUCCGGUCCCCACCCAGGCCUCCAGAGGGCAGUGCAGUGGGAACCCAAAGCUCGGCGGGGUGGGCGCUAGCCCUGAGGAGAGGGGUCAGGAGGCCCUCUGGACCUCCAUCUGCAACCAGAGGUUGAUGGGAGACGGAUCAGUGGCCUUGAGCUUUGAAAAACUCACGGCUCUGCAGGUUACUGUGGCAACCACCAGCCCAGCAAGCCAGUCUGGGGGAAGGUGGGCCAGGAGCCCCCGAAAUUUAGGAGCAGAGAGGGGUCCAGGGUGGCCAGAGACUACAGACCCCCCCCCCCCCUCAGACCCUUUUGUCCUUUGGCGUCAGGCACCCCUUCUGGGAAAAGAAGCCGAGGCUGAGAGAGGAUGACAGUGCUUUAUUCGGCACCCCGCACGGUGGCCCAGCCCGGGGACAACUAGCCGGCUCUGAAACAAUAAAUAAACCAUCAUUUUCCUAAACAAUAAAUAAAUAUCCAAGAAAUAAA